UGCUGUGCAGAUUUCGUUGUAUGGCCAAUGCUAUGGCCGUACAGCGCAAUAUGGUUGUCCUACUGGCUAUCCUUCUGGGCUCCUUGUAUGGCGCAAGUGCUUUUACGAUGGACGAGCUUGCCAAGGAGGUCAAGGGGAGCCUCUACAACCAGACGCAAAUCAUCUCAUCCAGUGGUUACCUACGUGGGGAGAUACCUGCAGAAGUGGGACGCUUGACAAACCUCACCGAACUUAGUCUUGAUUACCAAGGCCUCACAGGCCCCAUUCCCCCCGAGCUCGGAAACCUGGUAAACCUUGUUUCACUCAGCCUUAAGGUGAACAAGUUAACCGGACCCAUUCCUUCCAACCUGGGCAGCUUGUCGCGGCUGGUCGAGCUUGACUUAUCCGACAACCUUCUAGAGGGCCCCAUUCCCCCCAGCCUCGGCAACCUCUCUCGCCUCAGAACCGUCGAUUUACGCUUCAACCAGUUCAAUGCCCCUAUUCCCCCCGAAUUCGGACGCCUCUCGAGCUUAGAAAACCUUUGCAUCAGUUCCACCCAGCUCAUUGGCAACAUCCCCGCUGAGCUCGGGGCCUUGUCGAACCUCACCACUCUUGCUCUGCACCGCAACCAGCUCGUCGGCCGUGUCCCUCCCAAACUCGGGAGACUGGCGAACCUUACUGAAAUGAGUCUCAGGCUCAACCAGCUCGUCGGCCCUAUUCCACCGGAGCUGGGUCGCCUUUCCAAGCUCUCUACUUUGUCCCUCUCGUCUAACAACCUCUCCGGCUCCAUCCCCCCCCAGGUCGGCGACCUGACAAACCUGCGAACCCUCAACUUUGAAAACAAUAGUCUCUCCGGGGAGAUUCCUCCAGAGUUGGGUCGCCUUUCCAAGCUCUAUACUUUGUCCCUCUCGUCCAACAACCUCUCCGGCUUCAUCCCCCCCCAGUUCGGCAAUCUGACAAACCUGGGAUACCUCAGCUUUGCAAAUAAUAGUCUCUCCGGGGAGAUUCCUCCAGAGAUGGGGAACAUGAGGAACCUUUAUUUUCUCGACCUUGCAAACAACUUCCUUUCAGGAGCGAUACCCACCUCUCUUGGCCAGUUGACCUCCCUUGGCGUCCUUAACCUUGUCAACAACAGCCUUUCUGGCCCUCUGCCUUCAGAGCUCGGGAACCUUCGCUUCCUCCAAAACCUUCUCUUGGCCAAUAACAGCCUUUCCGGCCCCAUCCCCUCUGAGUACUCCAAGUUCCAAAAUUUGAAGCAGCUUUUCCUCAGUCACAAUAGCCUCUCUGGGCACUUGCCUAUAGCGCUUGGGAGCUCCGCAAAUCUCAGAUAUAUAGGCCUGAGCUGGAACAACCUAUCGGGCCCCAUUCCUCCCGAGUAUGGCGAUCUGUUCGAAACCCUGUAUUACCUUGGUCUCAACAACAACAACCUGUCGGGCACGAUCCCCGCCAAUCUUGACUACCUGUUUAACUGCAAGGUUGACUUCUCCAAUAAUCCGGGGCUGAGUGGCCCAAUCCGACCUCUGCUGCUCCAAGUCCGAGAGCAGAAUGCCAGCAAUAUCAUGGGCACCAACUUAACGGUGCCUGUGGCCUCUUGCAUCUCUCUCUCUGACUUUGCGGCCCUGACACAGCUCACUGCCCUGUCGUUGUCAAAACGCAACAUCUGUGGCACUAUCCCCCCGGAGAUGGGCAAUCUAACCCGCCUGACGGAGCUUGACCUGUUCAACAACAACCUGACGGGACCCAUUCCCCCUGAACUCGGCAAGCUGACUCUCUUAACUGAGAUCAACCUCGGCUUCAACAACUUGUCCGGUCCCAUCCCCACCGAGUUUGGCAACCUCAAAAACCUGACCUACCUGUAUCUCUAUUUCAACAAACUCAAUGGCAGUAUCCCGCCGUCUCUUGGCGACCUGUCGGGGUUGCGUAUCCUUGAUUUCUACGGCAACAACCUUACCGGUCGCAUCCCGCCCGAAUUCGGCAGGCUAUCCGAGCUAAGAUUCCUUCGCUUGGGAAGUAACCGGCUGACCGGUGGCAUCCCUCGCGAAAUCGGCAACCUUAGCACCAGCCUGUCACUCUUGGAUCUGGAGAACAACCUCCUCUCGGGCCCAAUUCCCCCGGAGAUUAGCGGCUGCCGUUUCCUCGGAUACUUUGACCUCGCCAACAAUAGCUUCUUCGGCGCAUUCCCCCCCGAGAUCGCGGCAAAACCAGGCCUCGUACGCCUCAACCUCUCCUUCAACGCCUUUUCGGGUCCCAUUCCCCCCGGGCUAGACAACCAGACCGGCCUAACCCUUGUGGAUCUUCACAGCAACCAAUUCACGGGUUCCAUCUCCCCUGGCCUCGGCAACGUUCUCUCCCUCGAAACACUAGACCUUCACGACAACAACCUUUCAGGCCCCAUCCCCCCAUCCCUCGGCAAGCUAACGGGCUUGACCCUGCUCGAUCUCUCCAACAACAGCUUCCUUGCUGGCGCGGUCCCCCCCGAACUAGGCCGCCUGACGUGGCUCACAGGUCUGGACGUUUCUCUCACCAACGUGUCCGGCCCCGUUCCGCCGGAACUCGGUAACUUGGCCGGAAACAUGACGUCACUCGGGAUCCCGGGGCCCUUGCCCCCGUGGCUGGUGUCCUUUAGUAACCUGACGUUCCUGAGGUCGGCGUCUCCUGCUGACGUGGCGGCAGGGGGUUGGCUGGACGUGUCUGCCGCUCCAGCGAACUGCCAGUUCAUCCGGUGGACGGGAGGCGCGGUGACUGACGUCACGUUCUGGGACGCGUGCACGGGCGGGAACGGGUGUGUGGUCGACCUUACGGACACCGGAUCUAAAUUGUCUCAGAGGGCAAAACGCGAGAUCUGCCUUGGCAAGAUCUCCGUCUUCCUCGAGGGCGAUGCGCCUUCGGUGGUGCGCGAAACCUUCAACAAAGAGGGCAACCAGACUGGCGUAUACACUUCCUACUAUCUGCGCAACAAGCGCGGCAUAUAUUUCCUCAACGACACAGGCUUUAUUGACAGGAUCGACCUCGGGCCCGGGGGCGCCGCCUAUACCGGGGUGGGUUUCACCCGAGUUCAGGAGGGCAACCUUUGUGGAAACCCGGAGGCGCCCGAAGUGGUGGCCGUUGUGUACGGCGUCUUCGUCGGCCUCCUGCUGGGUUCCACGAUAACCCUUGUGAUAACCCUCCGUUGCCGGAAGGGGCGUGAAAAGAACGAGAAGGGCAACCGGUUUCUUUUCACGUUGGCAUCCUAUGCUUGGGGUAUCGUUAGUGGGGUGAUUCCGUGGGUGGACCUGUAUACGGACAUCACGGUGUUGGCUCAAGUGUGGGGGGCUUGGCCGAUGUGGGUUAUCCUGGUGUCGGUGUUGUCGCCUUACGCGGUGGCAGGGUACUACGGCGCGAGAGAUGCGGUUAGGUUCCUCCCGUGGCGGCCGUUUCGUGGGUUCCGUCGCUUCUUCCCCCCGCCGGACGAAGCCAGCCUGACCCCCCUUCCUCGCGGGCCGGCCCGUUGGGACCAGCGCAUCCUGGCACUUUGCGCGUGGCCUAUCGCCACCGUUUGCGUUCCGGUCGGAGACGUCGUGGGGGCGCUCGGGAGAGUGGGUUUCUGCCCGGUGGUGGGCAAUCGGGGCUACAGCCUGGAGUUUUACCUCCAGUCGCGGCUCAUGCUGGAGCUGCUUCUCGAGUCUCUGCCCCAGGCGGUCUUCCAGACCACGCUGUAUCUGCUAGGCAGCUCCCGCGCAACGCGGAUCUACAUCGACGAGCCGAUCUUCGUGCGGUCUAUCGGCAUCUCGCUUGUUAGCAUCCUCUUCCAGUACUGCUCGACGCUCUAUGAAUCAAUGGCGGAACGGCAGCCGUUCUGGCGCUGCUUUUGGCGGCGGGUGCGGCUCGGCGCGGGGCCCUGUCUAAUUGUUGCGCCGCCUAAAAGCACGGGCGACGAUUUUGAGAAGCUGGGACCGGAGGCGAACGAUCUGUUGGGAAAGCCGGAAGUCGUUGCUGCAGGUCCGGGAUGCUGAAUCUGGAGCGGUUGCACACUGCCUCCGGUGACCCGUUCCGUAAGUACAUUGAGCCUCCCGGGCAGACGCAACUACCUGUGGCUCGGGGUGUUAAUACAGCGUUCGCUUUGUCGCCGCAGUCUUAUAGUACUAGAUGAUAG